AUGAAGUGUUGCUGGUUCAUCCUUGGCGCUUCCGCGUUUGUUUCUGGGCAGGAAGACCCAGAAUCUCGGCGCCAGAGCUACCCCGACUGCGUCAAUGGACCACUCUCCACUAAUAAUGUUUGCGACCGCACGCUCUCCCCACCCGAGCGCGCGGCGGCACUGGUAGAAGCCCUCAGCAUCGAGGAGAAGCUCCAAAAUCUGGUCAGCAAGUCACAAGGAGCUCCCCGCAUCGGCCUGCCUGCCUACAACUGGUGGAGCGAGGCCCUUCACGGAGUGGCAUAUGCUCCUGGUACCUACUUUCCCCAAGGCAACGUCGAAUUCAACUCGUCUACAUCAUACCCCAUGCCUCUCUUGAUGGCUGCGGGUUUCGACGACAACCUGAUCGAAAAGAUUGGCACCGCGAUAGGCAUCGAGGCCAGGGCCUGGGGCAACUCUGGCUGGGCAGGAUUCGACUACUGGACGCCGAAUGUGAACGCCUUCAAGGAUCCUCGAUGGGGUCGUGGUUCUGAGACGCCAGGUGAAGAUGUUCUCCGAAUCAAGCGGUACGCCGAGUACAUCACAAGAGGCCUGGACGGACCUGUGCCAAACGAGCAGCGCCGCAUCAUCUCCACGUGCAAGCACUACGCUGGAAACGACUUUGAGGACUGGAACGGCACGACGAGACACGACUUCAACGCAAAGAUCACGAUGCAGGAUCUUGCCGAGUACUACCUCAAGCCCUUCCAGCAAUGCGCCCGCGACUCCAAAGUCGGUUCCAUCAUGUGCGCCUACAACGCCGUCAACGGCGUCCCAUCCUGCGCCAACAAGUACCUUUUACAAACCAUCCUCCGAGACCACUGGAAGUGGACCGAGCACAACAACUACGUCACGAGCGACUGUGAGGCCGUGCUGGACGUGUCAGCGAACCAUCACUACGCCCCUACCAACGCAGCCGGGACUGCCAUCUGCUUCGAGGCCGGCAUGGAUACAAGCUGUGAAUACACUGGUAGUUCGGACAUUCCUGGCGCUUGGUCGCAGGGUCUGCUCAAGGAGGAGACUGUCGAUAGGGCCCUUCUCCGCCUAUAUGAGGGUCUUGUGCGAGCAGGCUAUUUUGAUGGCGAGGAGGCCAUGUACGCAGACCUCGAUUGGCAGCACGUCAACUCUGCCGAAGCCCAAAGUCUUGCUUUGCAGGCUGCUGUAGAGGGCAUGGUACUCCUCAAGAACAACGGCACCUUGCCGCUAGACCUCGAUCCUUCCCACAAGAUCGCCAUGAUUGGCUUUUGGGCCGAUGCGCCAGAGAAGCUUCAAGGCGGGUACAGCGGCCGGGCACACCACCUUUACUCACCAGCGUUUGCUGCACGACAGCUAGGACUCGAUAUCACGGUGGCUAGUGGGCCCGUUCUGCAAGACAAUAAUGCCAGCGACAACUGGACGACCAAUGCUCUGGAGGCCGCAAGCGGGGCUGAUUACAUCCUGUACUUUGGCGGCCUCGACACUUCUGCUGCAGGGGAAACUCUGGACAGGACCGAUCUCGACUGGCCCGAGGCGCAGUUGACUCUGGUGAAGGUUGUGUAG